AUGCCUCCCGCACAGUCUGUUUACACGAGGUCAGCCAGGGAAGCGUGGGUCCAGCCGCUCUCCGGACGGCAUCUCCUGAAGGAGGACGGAGGCGCGCCUCUUUCUCCCGGCUCACACCCCACCCCCGAUGGGAAGCGCAGGCUGGAGGAAGCCCCCGCCGCGGCGCUCCUCGCGCGCACCCACCUCACCGCCCGCCGCCUUCCGCGCCCGGCCCCCCAGAGGCAUGCAACAGUGCGAAGGCGGGCGCCCGAGCCCCGGGGGCUAGCGGAGCUCCUUUCGGCCCUCGGGAAAGGGAGUCGGGGCGAGGGGUGCAGUCGCCGUGACUGCUCCAAACUUCGUCCCCAGACCUCCCAACUCCAGGAGGUGAAAUUCUCCAGCCCGUGUCCGGAUGGCCGCCAGGUCAGACCCUGCGAAGGGGAGCAUCACGCAGGAGGGGGCGAAGGGAAGGCUGGUUCCGACGCCUUACCGGCGGCUCCCGAAAUCUGGGCGCCUUUUGACAGCCAUUUUCAGUUCCUCCCGCGCCCCCCGUCGGGGACUCCCCUCUCGACCCAGGGGCGCGGGCGCGGCCGCAGGAGCUGGCUCCCCGGUGCGGGGCCCCGCGAAACAAAGAACUUCGGGCGGGACGUACCUGCGGCGGCGGCGGCUGUCAAGUCCCCGAACUUCCCAUAG